ACUACCUCACAUCUCUGUCCUUUUUUUCCUCUGGUCAUUUGUUUUUUGACUUUCUCAUCUCUUCCGGUCUAGUAACAGAUAUGAGACCUCCUCUUACAGGACGUGGUGGUGGUGGUGGAUUCAGAGGUGGAAGAGAUGGAGGCGGCGGAGGAUUUAGGGGUGGACGAGGUGGAGGCGGAGGAAGAGGAGGUUUUGGAGGAGGACGUGGAGGAAGUGCCAUGAGAGGCGGAGGACGUGGCGGAGGACGCGGUGACAGAGGUCGUGGUGGACGUGGCGGUGACAGAGGUCGUGGGGGACGUGGAGGUAUGAAAGGAGGAAGUAAAGUGAUUGUGGAGCCUCACAGACACGCAGGAGUGUUCAUUGCCAAGGGCAAAGAGGAUGCUCUUGUUACCAAGAACUUGGUUCCUGGUGAAGCUGUUUACAACGAAAAGAGGAUCUCUGUUCAGAACGAGGAUGGAACUAAAGUUGAAUACAGAGUUUGGAAUCCUUUCCGCUCUAAGUUAGCUGCUGCUAUUCUCGGUGGUGUUGAUAACAUUUGGAUCAAACCUGGUGCUAAAGUUCUUUACCUCGGUGCUGCUUCUGGAACCACCGUCUCUCAUGUGUCUGAUCUUGUUGGCCCUGAAGGAUGUGUUUAUGCCGUUGAGUUUUCUCAUAGAAGUGGUAGAGAUUUGGUGAACAUGGCGAAGAAGAGGACUAAUGUUAUACCAAUUAUUGAAGAUGCUAGACACCCUGCAAAGUACAGAAUGCUUGUUGGCAUGGUCGAUGUCAUAUUCUCUGAUGUUGCGCAACCUGAUCAGGCAAGAAUCUUAGCCCUGAACGCCUCAUUUUUCCUCAAAACUGGAGGACACUUUGUUAUCUCAAUCAAGGCCAACUGUAUUGAUUCCACGGUUCCAGCAGAAGCAGUCUUUCAGAGCGAGGUGAAGAAGCUGCAGCAAGAGCAGUUUAAGCCAGCUGAGCAGGUAACCCUCGAGCCGUUCGAACGUGACCAUGCCUGUGUUGUUGGUGCUUACCGCGUGCCCAAGAAACAAAAGGCUGCAGCUACAUAGAAACAUACUUGAUAGAGUUGUGUGGACCAGUGUGGCCAAUCAAGCCGUGGCGGGUUUCUUUGGUUUGGCUUGUUGUAUUAUCUUAAAAAGAUGGAUAUGCUUUUAUGUCUCGUGUUUAGAUAUUUCAUCUUAUGAUAAUGAAGCACUGAUUAUAUAUGUAACAUUUUGUUCAAACAUUGUCGAGUUAAUCUCCGAUUUUUACCAAUCU